CGCCCACAGUCCGCCGUGCGCAGCUGUAACCCGUGGCCGUGGCGCGCCAAACCCGCCGGAGGGCAGUGCCGUCAUUCCGGAAACAGCCUUAUCCGCUUCCAGUCCCUCUCGUCAGUCGUCGUCUCGCUCUUGCAGCCCACCCAUUGCUUUUCCCGGCCUCCGCCCCCGAUCUCCUCACCACCUCCAGACCCUAUAAAAUCCAACCCCGCGCAAGCUCCAAAACCAUUGCCCUCCUAGAGCCCUCGCGUCACUCCCUCCUCGGCAAAAGAUCGGUGGUUGCGCGACCCUCCGCGAAGCGAAGCGCCGUCACGGUGAAGGUAGCAAAGCAGGGACACCCGAUCGAUCAUCGGCAUGGCCGGGAGCGCGAGGUCGGCGGCCGCGAAGCACGCGUACCGGAUGUUCGCACCGUCCAGGGGCGCCGCCGCGAGGGGCCCCGGCACGGCGGAGGAGUUCGACGAGUCGGACGUCUGGGGCUCUUUCGGCCCGGGGGCUGCCGGCGGCGGCAUGGUGGACUCGAGCCCCGGCGGCGGCGAGCUGGCCGCGGCCCGGGCGCGCCCGAUCCCGGCCUCCCGCGCCGCGCGGAAGAAGCCAGCGGACGGCGCGCCGGGGUCGCUGCCGAUGAACAUACCGGACUGGCAGAAGAUCCUCGGGGUCGAGUACCGGGACCACCACGCGGGCGAGUGGGAGCUCGAUGGGGAGGACGACGGCGGCUAUGGCAGGGUGGGCAGCGGCGGUUCGGAGAUGGUGCCGCCGCACGAGCUGGCGUGGCGCAGCCGGGCCGCGUCGCUGUCGGUGCACGAGGGGAUCGGCAGGACGCUCAAGGGGCGCGACCUCAGCCGGGUGCGGGACGCCGUCUGGAAGAGGACCGGCUUCGAGGACUGAUGAGGAGCCGAUCGGCGCGCUGGCAGGAGAGCUUGGCCCGCGUUCGGCGCGCGGUCGCCGGUUUGCUCUAGGUAGCAUAGGUUAGAAAAUGAGCACUACUAAUUGCUUAUCUCUUGAUUUCUUUUUUCUUCUUCCUCUUGUUUUUCUUCCUUUUGCCUUGCGUUAAGGGGAAAAAGUCGGGUUAGUAAGCCUUUGUUUUCUUUUCUUUUUUCUUGUUUUGUCCAUGGAGAUGCAAGCCAGAGAGGGUGGGGGUGUUCAUUCAUGGUGUGACAAUUUUAAGGGCACCUGGAGAAAGGACGAAUUUGUACGAUCAGUCAGUUGAUUGAUCCCUUCUAUGUUAUUUUGAAACAUGAAAAAGGUCUAAUUCUACCAA